GGCCUCCCGUUUGUUUACACCGCCGCGUGCGCAGCUAGCAGUAAACACAAGCGCUCUGCUAAGUUCGCCGCUCCGCUGACCUCCACCUCAUCCCGGCUGAUGUUCCACGUUAGAACCGUCUCUGCCCUCACACGGGCCCGGGCGGACUUUCACUUCAAACGGUUACCCUCGACCCGGAGACUACGCUCUACCGUCUCCUCCGCCUCGACGGAGCAGGAAGACGAUGUCAAGACCGGCGGCGGCGGCGGCGGCGCUCCUCGGUCGGAGUGUCCCCGACAGUCUGGGGGAAGCAGAGGAGGAGAGAGAGGCGCUGCUAAUGAGAUCUCCGUAGACUUUGACCAGACCCAGGAGGCUUAUAAGAGCAAAGACUCAUUAGAGCUGCUCAGAAGUUUGGUGGUUUUCAAACUUUGCUCCUAUGACUUCCUGGUUGAUAAGAAUAAAGAGAUAAUGGAUCUUGGUAAGAAGAUCAUGGGCCAAAAAGGCUUUGACCAGUUCAUGAAGAUGACAUUUUACGGCCAGUUUGUGGCUGGCGAGGACCACAGGGCCAUCAAGCCGCUGAUCCAGAAGAACCAGGCCUUCGGCGUCGGCUCUGUCUUGGACUACAGCGUCGAGGAAGACAUCAGUCAGGAGGAAGCAGAGCAGAAAGAGAUGGACUCAUGUGUUUCUGCUGCAGAGAAAGAGACCAUAGGCAAAGACCACAGAGAGAAGAAAUAUAAAGUGCACAAACAAUUUGGCGACCGUCGCGGGAAAGUAACUGGAGCUCGCACUUAUUUCUAUGCCGAUGAGGCCAAAUGUGACCAACAUAUGGAAACUUUCAUCAAAUGCAUCAAAGCAUCUGGUGGGGGUUCAAUGGAUGGUUUUUCUGCCAUUAAAAUGACUGCACUAGGACGACCUCAGUUUCUGCUCCAGUUCUCAGAGGUCUUGGUGAAAUGGCGACGAUUUUUCAUCUUCCUGGCAUCACAGCAGGGGAAAGAUGGCAUGGAGGCCUUGGAGCAGAGACUGGAGCUGACACAACUGCAGGAAUUCCUGACCAAACUGGGAGCAAAAGGGGAUUUCUACGGCUGGUUUACUGGAAGGAAAGAGGAGUCUACUGGAUGCAUUGACAUGCUUGACUGGAACAGCCUAAUAGAUGACAGAACGAGGAUAUCGGAUCUGCUUGUUGUUCCAAAUGUAGAGCUAGGUGAGCUGGAGCCUCUGCUAGAGAAGUUCACUGUCGAGGAGGAGAAACAAAUGAAGAGGAUGCUGCAGCGUAUAGAUGUUCUGGCAAAGCAUGCCCUAGAGAAUGGCGUUCGCUUGAUGGUGGAUGCCGAGCAGACCUAUUUCCAGCCAGCUAUCAGCAGACUCACACUGGAGAUGCAGAGGAUCUACAACAGAGAAAAGCCUGUGAUUUUCAACACCUACCAAUGCUACCUAAAGGAGGCCUAUGACAACGUAACUAUGGAUGUUGAACUGUCUCGACGUGAGGGUUGGCAUUUUGCUGCCAAGCUGGUGCGCGGGGCCUACAUGUAUCAGGAGCGAGAGAGGGCCCAAGAGAUCGGAUAUGAGGACCCUAUUAAUCCUGACUAUGAGUCAACCAACAGAAUGUACCACAGGUGCUUGGACUAUGUGCUGGAUGAGAUUGCACUCAACAGAAAUGCCAAUGUAAUGGUGGCCUCCCAUAAUGAGGACACGGUGAAACACACCUUGAUGAGAAUGAAUGAGCUCGGCCUCUUCCCAACAGAGAACAAGGUGUACUUCGGUCAACUACUGGGCAUGUGUGAUCAGAUCAGCUUUCCACUCGGCCAGGCAGGCUUCCCCGUUUAUAAGUACGUCCCCUAUGGGCCGGUGAACGAGGUGAUGCCCUACCUGUCCCGGAGAGCGCAGGAGAACCGAGGCUUCAUGAAGGGAGCCCAAAAGGAGAGGGAGCUGCUGUGGAAGGAGCUGAAACGCAGACUUUCCUCUGGAGAGCUUCUCUACAGACCAGUGUACUAAAAAAAAAAAAAAAAAAACACAAGAAGAGAGUGUGUCAACGUGUUGAAGGUUUAUUUUUUUAUCUUCUCUGGUUGAAGGCUGCUGCUGUGACUGUUUGUUCUGCGGCUCCCUCAGUACAUGUCCUGCUUUACCCUGUCCUGGAGUUUUCUCGCUGAUGGACUGUUUCCUGCAUGUCACUGUUUUUCUGUCUUGUUUUUUCCUCCAUUCUGUUCCCCACCUUCACCUCAUCCAUGUACCGCCUGUGCUUUCCCCUUUCCUUCUUUACCCGCCUCUGCGUCCAUAAGCAUUCCUCAUUUUGUCUUCCCGUUGUCUAUAGAGCUCUGGUAUCCAUCAAGUGGGCAUCUUUACUGCUCCAAAAGGACUCCCUAAAAUGUCAAUGAGACUGUGCUGGGCAUACUUUUUUAUUACCCUAUUUGUCUUGUAGAGGGACAACAAUAAUAAAAAAUAGCAGGCUUGAUUUAAAUUAUAGCAAAGGAAACUUUCUAUUUUUUGUAGGUUGUUAUUUUUUUUCUUUUACACUCGUGCACAGCCAACCCUGGGGAGGCUUAUCUGUAUUGUAUAUGUAUUUGAGGUUGUCUUGCCUGUUUUAGAGCAAUGCCUGCUUAAGAAUCAGUGAGAAAGUAUAAACCUCACAGCGCAACCCUCUUUCUUCUAAGACUGCAAGGCUUUUGUUAUCGUAUUUACUUGAAGAAGCUAUAUUCUUGGUCAGUGAGGUGUUACGAGUGAAAAUAAGAGCAUACAGGUGCCUGCGAGGCUGGCAGGUUGUUCUUAUUUUGUGACAUAGAGAAUAUGCAAAAGAAUAACAAGUUAGAGGGUUGUCUUUUGCUCUUGUGAUUUGGAUGGAUGGGUUAACACUCUGAACUUCUGAUCUUUGUCGACGUAAAUACAUUUGAAACGGGUGCUUUUAUUUGUUGGUUUUACAUGCACAGUAAAUAAAUAGAAAUGUACUGUAUGAAUA